AUGGCAGGACAACACCCGUUCGGCGCCGGCCUCAGCCUCGAAGAGAAGGGCGAGUACGCCGAGACCAAGAGCGCGCACCAGGAUGCCCUCGCGCACGUGAGCGUGCACCCUGGCAGCGUGAUCGGCUCGGGCGCCAGCUCCGACUUCUACGACCCGUCCAAGGAGUCGGCGCUGACCCGCCUCGGUCUGUCGUUUGAAAGUUUCAAACGCGCGCCGGGUACCACUCGUGGUCUCGUCGGCCAUGGUGAUAUCCCCAAGGAGCUGCUGGCGCACGACCAGCCGCUGCUCCAGCAGCAAAUGAAGCCGCGGCACCUGCAGAUGAUUGCCGUGUCCGGUUCGAUUGGUACCGGUCUUUUCAUCGGUUCUGGCUCGGCACUCUCCACCGGCGGCCCGGCAGCAGUCAUCAUCGCCUGGGUCGUCAUGGGUGUCAUGCUCAUGAACGUCGUCCAGGCACUCGGCGAAAUGGCAAUCGUGUACCCCGUCUCGGGCGGUUUCUAUACCCUUGCGAGCCGCUUUAUCGACCCGUCCUUUGCGUGCGCCAUGGCCUGGAACUACGUCUUCCAGUGGCUUAUCACCCUCCCUCUCGAGCUCACCGCUGCCGGCUUUACGAUCCAGUACUGGACCACGGAUGUGCCCCUCGGCGCGUGGAUCACCAUCUUCUGGGUCGUCAUCAUUAUCUUCGCCCUCUUCGGUACCCUCGGCUACGCGGAGGAGGAGUUCUGGUCGUCCAUCCUCCGUCUGUUCGUCGUCAUCCUCUUCAUCAUCAUCGGCCUCGUCUGCAUCACCGGCAAGGGCCCCAAGGGCUCCGUGUACGAGCACUACCUCGGCGGCCAGUACUGGAAGGACCCGGGUGCCUUCGCCAACGGCUUCAAGGGCCUCUGCUAUAUGUUCGUCACCGCAGCGUUCUCGUACUCGGGAACCGAGCUCAUGGGCCUCGCCGCCACCGAGACGCCCGACCCACGCCGCUCGAUGCCCGGCGCCGUCAAGAACUCGUUCUGGCGUAUCACCCUCAUCUACAUCACCUCGCUCACUGUCAUCUCGUGUGCUCUUCCGUACAACGAGCCCCUCCUCCAGAUCGGUACCGGCGCCCAGACCUCCCCCUUCGUCAUCGUCAUGAAGAAGGCCAACAUCAAGGGCCUUGACCACCUCGUCAACGCCACUAUCUGCGUGUCGGUCCUCACGAUCGGCCUGUCAUCCGUCUACGCCGGAUCCCGCUGCAUGACCGCGCUCGCCGAGACGGGCUACGCGCCCCGCUCGUUCCGCUACGUCGACAAGGCCGGCCGCCCCCUCGUCACCGUGCUCAUCUGCCUCGCCACCGCCCCCAUCGCCUACAUCAACCUCGCCAACGUCGGUGCCACCGUCUUCAACUGGCUCGUCCAGCUCUCCGGUCUCUCCGUGCUCUUCACCUGGCUCGCAAUCUGCAUCAGCCACAUCCGCUUCCGCAAGGCCUGGGUCCUCCAGGGCCACAGCGUCGAGGAGCUCCCCUACCGCGCCGUCGGUGGCAUCUACGGCUCGUACCUCGGCUCGGUGCUCAUCGUCCUUAUCAUCAUCGCCCAGUUCUACAUCGCUGUCUGGCCCAUCGGCGAGAUGCCCGUGGGCAGGGCUGCCGCGUACAACUUCUUCUACACCUUCCUCUCCGCGCCCAUCAUGGCCGCCAUGUGGCUCGGCGCGUGGUUCUGGAAGCGCACGACGCCCAAGAGCCUGUCCGAGAUCGACCUCGACACGGGCCGCAAGUCGUGGCUCACGGCCGAGCAGAUGCGCGCGUACCGCGAGGAGCGCGCCAACGCGCCGUUCCACAUCCGUGUUUUCCGUAUCCUCUUCUCCAGCUAA